AUGGUUUUCUGCACAUAUUGUGGCCACUCGUUCACCAGAGACGAGCAUCUCGAGAGACAUAUCCUCACACAUACCAACGUUAAGCCUUUCAAGUGUUUCACCUGCCACAUGUCGUUCGCCAGACGUGAUCUGCUACAAAGGCACUACACCGUCCAUGGCCGGGAUCAAAAUCAGGAAAUCAUCCCCGCCGCCAACGGCAUGAUGGCAAAGUCUGCUGGCAGAACACCGAUUGCGUGCAGCAACUGCGCCAAAACAAAGACGAAGUGCGACAAGAAGUUUCCUUGCAGUCGUUGUGCAGGCCGCAACCUUCGAUGCACCCUCCGCCCCACUCGUCGCUCGUCCAAGAAUGCCAACCGCAUGGGCUUGAUCACAGCCGAAACCAUCGCCAGUGGUGUUGCCAAUGGCAUCCUACCUCCAGAUCAGACCGUGGCUGCCGAGGCCGCUCCUAUGCCUAUCGACUCUUCAAAAUCGGCAGAAAAGCACCAGCAUCAGAAACCUUCGAGCCCAGGCUCUGGCGUCCCCACAACAAUUCCCGAAGAGAAGCACAUGGGCGAUUUGCAUGCUCAAUAUUUCGAGCAACCAAUGUCUAAUGGUCACACCUCUCCCUCCCAACAAAUCUCUCCUUUGACAACUCCAGGCUCGGGCUUCAUGCAGGGGUCUAUGCCUACCUACGACGACUUCAUGAAUGGCACCAAGGAGGAUGAUGCUAACCCUCGUUUCAUGCUUGACUGGGGUCAGAUGCCUAUGCCCAUGGGCUUCGAGGCUAUGGCUCGUGCCGAUCUUAUGCUCGACCCUAGCAUGGGUUUCGAUCCAAACCAGCUGUCGUUGAUGCCGGCCAAUGAGACCAUUCUUACUAUCAUGCCUGAUAUGGCUAAUUUGGGAGGUCCUCUAAUUUCUCCUAUCGAGACACCAAAGGUCGAGCGCUCCUUUGCCGACAUGGACCUUGGCCACUCCAACAACAUGUUCUAUGCCCACGCCAGGCACAUGUCGACUGCCUCCUUGUCAUCAAACGAUGGCGAAGACAUCCGGGCAGUCAUCGCAGCUCAAGAUGGCUGGAACGUGUUCAGAUGCACACCUACUGUCCCUUCAAGUUCAUGCCCCACGACCGCGAAGAUGAAUCUCGAGUGUCUCGAGCAGACUCUCAAGAACCACGAAGGCUGGAGCACUUGGGCUCCUACUUGGGACGAGGCUGAUUUCGCUGGUGCUGAGAACUUGGCUGUCAUGCAACUCCACGAGAGCACGCGCGAUAAGCUCCUCGCGAUUACUCAAACCUUCUUGCACAAGGCCCUUGAGACUCACAGAGAAGGUCAGCAAGGCGGCCAGUCUCCAUUGUCGAAUGGUGGCUCAAACUUCGUGCUUCUGCCGCCAGCAAGAGUACUCGAAUAUUUCCUUCGAUCUUAUGCCAACAGCUUCGAGAGAUACUACUCAUUGACGUCACGAGGCAUUCUCGAUGCAAACGAGCUGAUGCAUUGCUACAACGACAAAGCUUCAUGUCUCUUACUACUCAUGAUGAUUGCUCAGGGCGCAAUGAACAUCUCGUCUGUCGAGGCAAGAUGGUUGGCUGGUGGUCUCACCGAAGCUUGUCGUAUUUCGCUCUUUGACCUAAUUGAGCGCAAUAUCACAAUGGCUAGCGACCCAAUUACUUUGCACUCUGCUCUCCUCUUCACCUCCCAGGCUGCUUGGAGUGGAGACAAAUGGCAGAUGGAUAUUGCCAUGGGCCAGCGAAGCAUGUACUUCCACAUGCUACGACAUUCCGGUCUUCUCGAGGGCAGAGCGUUCACGGCUCCUCAGAUGAUGGACCACCAAAACAGUGCCGACUCGCUCUGGACUGAGUGGAUCCAGCGCGAGAGCCGGAGCAGACUUGUCUACUCAUGGGUCAUGGUCGAUCAAGAUCUUGCACUGUUCCACGACACCGCCCCACUCUUCUCCGUGACCGAGUUUGGUGCACCGAUGCCUGACUCCGACCGCCUAUGGCAGGCUAAGAGCGCCCCUGAAUGGUCUCAAGCCUUUGAACAGGUACAUGAGUUUGUGGGUGGUUACUCCUCGCUUGGCUCGGGCGCCCGUCCAAUGUCAUUGCAUGAUCUUUUCCGUCACUUUUUGGAUGACGAGAUGGCUUCUCUUGGCAUCGGGAUGACGCCACUCCAGAUGAGAUUACUCCUACAUCCUCUUCAGUCUAUGGUUUGCCAUUACGGUCAGCUCAUGAGCUGUUUCUCCGAUUCACUUUCAUCACGCAACAAGACUCGAGCUGUCACUGCAUCGUCAACCAGAUGCCGCUUGGAGGAGGUACAGUCACUACUUCAGCGAUGGUACGACAUGGCCGACCGUUACCUCAAGGUCAACCCUAGCUGCGCUGUUAUGCAAGCCAACCUCGUCAUGUUCCAUCUCAUCAGCUUGAACGCUGUGACCAACUUCCCUGAGGUCGAGCGUCUGGCGCGUCGUGAAGGCUUUGAUGGUACCUACCAACAGCUGAUAUGGAUUCACAAGCGAUGCAUCGCCGAUGUUGAGGAAGCUGUCUUCCACUGUGGACAAGUCUUGCGCAUCAUACGGUCCAUGCCUCGUGGUGUACGUCCUCCUUGGUGGGCCGGUGCUAUCUACCGUGCUGCUCUUAUCCUCUGGACCGACAGUCUGAUCAACAAAGAGUCACCAGCGCCAACUGCGACCGGAGGAUUCCCUUCACCGGGACCUACUUUCGCUAUUGACGCUCUGCCGGCUGAUCAUCCAACCAUCGUUCGAUUCUUGAGCAAACGUGUGGGUCAACCCUUCCUCAGCAAGAGGAAUGGUAGUCAUCUACCAAUGGACCAUGGCGUCACAGUCCUUGCACAUUCCAUAGAGAUCAUGGAUGAGGGAACUUCCAACAGAUUUGUUGAUGGUGUCCGCAAUAAGCUUGACCGCUUGAUGAGAAGCUAG